GAGGGCGGGACUUCCGUCGCUCUGGAGCGUCUUCCGGCCGCGCGCGAGGGUGGUCCGGCCGGCCUCCCUGACAUGAAGCCCCUUGGACCUGGAGGUUAGAUCCUGCUGUGAUAUGCUGACCAUGGGGAGGCCCCUCAGCAUCCUCUGGCUGGCUCUAGCCUGCAGCUCUGUUCAUGCUACCCUGUCAAAGUCAGACGCCAAAAAAGCUGCCUCAAAGACGCUGCUGGAAAAGGCUCAGUUUUCAGAUAAGCCCGUCCAAGAUCGGGGUCUGGUAGUGACAGACCUCAAAGCUGAGGAUGUGGUUCUUGAGCAUCGCAGCUACUGCUCAGCGAGGGCUCGGGACAGACACUUUGCUGGAGAUGUCCUGGGCUACAUCACUCCAUGGAAUAGCCAUGGCUACGACAUCGCCAAGGUCUUCGGGAGCAAGUUCACGCAGAUCUCACCGGUCUGGCUGCAGUUGAAGAGACGUGGCCGUGAGAUGUUCGAGGUCACGGGCCUCCAUGAUGUGGACCAAGGGUGGAUGCGAGCAGUGAGGAAGCACGCCAAGGGCCUGCACGUAGUACCUCGGCUUCUUUUUGAAGACUGGACUUACGACGAUUUCCGGAACGUCUUGGACAGUGAGGAUGAGAUAGAAGAGCUCAGCAAGACUGUGGUCCAGGUGGCAAAGAACCAUCAUUUUGAUGGCUUCGUGGUGGAGGUCUGGAGCCAGCUGCUGAGCCAGAAGCACGCGGGCCUUAUCCACAUGCUAACCCACCUGGCCGAGGCGCUGCACCAGGCCCGGCUGCGGGCCAUCCUGGUCAUUCCUCCUGCCGUCACCCCUGGGACCGACCAAUUGGGCAUGUUCACACAUAAGGAGUUUGAGCAGCUGGCCCCUGUGCUGGAUGGCUUCAGCCUUAUGACCUACGACUACUCCACGGCGCAGCAGCCUGGCCCUAAUGCACCGCUGUCCUGGGUUCGAGCCUGUGUCCAGGUCCUGGACCCCAAGUCCAACUGGCGGAGCAAGAUCCUCCUGGGGCUCAAUUUCUAUGGCAUAGACUAUGCAGCCUCCAAGGACGCCCGGGAGCCCGUCAUCGGGGCCAGGUACAUCCAGACACUGAAGGACCACAGGCCCCGGAUCACAUGGGACCACCAGGCUGCAGAGCACUUCUUCGAGUACAAGAAGAGCCGCGGCGGGAGGCACAUCGUCUUCUACCCAACUCUGAAGUCCCUGCAGGUGCGGCUGGAGCUGGCCAGGGAGCUGGGCGUCGGGGUCUCCAUCUGGGAGCUGGGCCAGGGCCUGGACUACUUCUUUGACCUGCUAUAGACCAGGCAGCACAGCCUCCAAGGUGGACGUGUACGUUUCUAAGCAAUGGAGUGACUGACCAGGUGCAAAAUACAGGCCUCUGUUCUGUGUGCCAUGGCACAUCUACUGCGGUCCAAGGUGGGGGGUGGGGGCCUAGAUGUAGUGGGUCGCUCCAUGCCCACAUGCAAAGGGGGCCCUGCCUCAGGCACUCACUGGCUGCCUGCUGUCAGCUGGGUGGGGGUAGGACCUGCAGACCCCGCCCCACUGGUCAACCUGGCUCUGAGGUCCCUCCCACACACCCACAAUCAUGCCUGUCCUACCACGGGCACACAACAUGCACAGGUGCCUGACACCUGGCAUAGUCAUCGAGAUGUCUCCAUCAAGCCUGGCGUGGCUGGAGUGUAGGGGCCAUGUUGGAAAGUGGGGCUCAGAGAAGCCAGCCCCACCCCCUCGGACCCUGGCUCUGGGCUGGACCAGCUCUGCUCAGGUGACACAACCUCCUGAGCUGGCCUGGCCACAUGUGGAAUGUGGUGAGGGGCAGAGCCUUCUCGAAGGAUGGUAGCAGCGCCCCUGGGCAGAUGCUGGGACAGAAACUGUGGCCUACGAAACGAUGCAGCGUGAGGAGCAGCUGAUGGGCAGGUUCCAGUGAUGAACUGAGGCCCAGAUGCUGGGAAAGUCUGAGAACUCUGAAGCUCCGCAAGCCAAGGGAGGGCCAACCCUCAUUCUCCCAUCCCUGUCCCUCAGCCACGAGGGCUUUUCAGCUCCUCCCAGGUAAACUGUCUCAGGUGUGCUCUCUCCCGC